CUCUCAGUCGAAAUUAGUUGUGAAGGUAAGCGGUUCGCUGGCUGGUCGCAGAAACGCAAAUUGUAGAAAGAAAACAUUAUAAUCAGCCGCGUCUAAGUGCAAGUGUGAUUUAUUUCUUUUUUGUUUGGUGUUUAGUGUGCUCGUGAGCAGAUCAGUGGAUCAAACAAACAGCCAGAAAAUCGAGCGCUGGGCAAGCGGAAUAAAUCCAAUUGGAAUUGUCCGAACCGCAGUUUUACGGAGUCGAGUGUUCCGUGUUUCGUAUUCCGGGGCAUUUUCCCCGCCGAAAGCCCCGCUCAACCCCCCAAGCAAACAGCCGAAUUAGGGGUUGCAAAGUUUUUGCAGCCAGCCCGGAAAAGUCAGAGGAACUUGUUUUCUAAGGGAAGAAAAGGGAAGCACGCAAGCGACGACUGCCCCCAAAGACCAAACGGAAUCGGAGUCUGAAUCGGAAUCGGAAGGGGACUCCGCCGAAUCCUUGAGAGAAUCUUUUGCGCGUGCCAUGCGUGACCUCGGCACCAAAAUGGCCGAGCUAAAAUUCGAGGCUCCAUUGGCAAAGUUCGAGGAAACGGACGAGUGGGGCGGCUGCGACUUCAUCUCGAGUCAGAAUGCCAUAAACGACACGCUCAACCUGAAUCUGAAGGACUCCUCCGCCGGCGGCAAGCCGGAUGCCACCAAGCUGCGGCUCCUAGAGGAUGCUGUACGCGAUGCGCACGUGAGCAAGAACGGAGGAGGAGUAGUGGGAGGAGGAGCUGGCUCCAUUAGCCCCAAUUGCAACACGCUCCAGGGUGGGUCGCUUAUUGAAAUCGGCCUGUCCGAUGUGGGAUUGGUGCCGGGCGAGGGAGCCGGCGUUGGUCUGGACGGUCUGGAGAAGCGCUCCCUGGCCGUCGGCGACCAUGUGGACAACUUCACGGAGACCUUCGGCGGAAGUCUGGAGGAUCUGGUCAAUACGUUCGACGAAAAGAUAACCAAGUGUUUCGGCAACUACGAAGAGAACGUCGAGGAGCUGGCUCCGGUGCAGGUGCGCAGCCAGGAGGAGAUCAUGAACGAAUGCCAAAUGUGGUGGACCAUCACAGGAAACUUUGGCAACAUUCUGCCCAUCGACUGGUCCAAGUCGUACACCCGUCAGAUGCACAUGCCCACACUGAAUCUGGGCCAGAACCACACGAAGCAGCAGCAGCAGAAUCGCAACCAGCAGCAGCAGUUGCACAACCAGAGCCAUCAGGCGUAUCCACACACCAACGGUUUGGGAUCCGGAUCCGGAUCCGGCCUGGAUGCCCAGACUCCGGGCGAUGAGUUCAACGAUCUGACCAGUGAGGACGAGGCGGUGGCCAACGAUUUGGACAUGCACGCCCUCAUCCUUAACGGCUUGAACGGUGACAUGGACGACCAGCCGAUUAAGACGGUAGAGGAGGUGAUCAAGGAGAUCGACGACAUCAUGGACGAGGCCGAGAGCCCGCUGGACGAGCCGGAGACCUGCGAUUCGGAGGUGAUCGAGAAGGCGCGAGAGGUGCUGGGCGCCCCCCUCUAUGCGGAAAAACUGCAAUAUCUGACCACGACACAGCUGAACGAGCUGUACAUGGAGAUGGAGGUGCUGAUCCAGGAGCUGAGCGAGACGUUGAUCAACGAGCUGGCCCUGCGCGACGAGCUGGAGUUCGAGAAGGAGCUGAAGAACUCGUUCAUCUCUCUGCUCCUCGCCGUUCAGAACAAAAGGCGGCAGUACCAUGUGGAGAAGAAGCGCGGCAAGUUCCAGGGUCCCGAGCCCAAGUACUUGACCACAGUCAUUCCGUAUCACCUGGAGAACGGCACGCCCAACAAUCAGUCUCUGCAGGUCCUGAUCAAGAUUCUCAAGGCCAUCAACGAGGACAGCCCGACGGUUCCGGCCCUCCUUACGGACUACAUCCUGAAGGUGCUCUGCCCUACAUAAGCGCCGCAAGCGGUAGUCGCCGAGGAGCAGGAACCCCAGCUGUCGCUCCAUCUCUCUGUCUGUGUUUAUACAAUUAUACAACUUGCAUAUACACACCGAACACACCACACAUAAUUUAAUGAUUAGUUCGUACUUUAAAUUAUUGUUUAAAUGCAAUCCGUGUACUCUCCGCGGAGAAGAAGAUUUGCCGCAUAAAGAGAGGACUCUAGUGAUUCGUCUGUCGAAUAUGAGGCACCCAAAGUGGGGUCUUCUUCUCAACGGAGUGCUUUUCCCGGCCGAUUCGACCGACAGAACAAAAUAUGCAACAAAACAUACAUGCAAUACACAUACAUAUAUAGACACAUAUAUAUAUAUAUAAACCGAAAAAUUUACCGAGAGCGCGCUCUACGAACUCAGCCAGUCCUCCCAUGGCAAUAAUACUCAAUUCUCUCCGCCGCCUCUCUUUCUCUUUAAGGAGCAUUCGUAUUGUUAAAGAGCCGACUCCAACUAAGCUUAAAAUACAUACAUACAUAUAUGGUAAAUGCAUGUGGGCCAGUUGCAAGUCCGCCUGCCGGUGCAGCUUCAAUUUUUUCGUCUAUAUGUGAAAUAUGCAGAUCUAAAUCGAUACACGCUUGCAUUAUGUUCGCCCAGCUAUCUGCGAUCGAACGGACAGCCAAUCACUAGGUUUUACAAUAAGGAUCUUAUCUUGUAUGUAAUAUAUAAUCUGAUUAUAAGAGGUGUGUGGCCUGCAGUCCCUGGAAAAUCCGCCGUUUCGAAAUGUGUUCCGAGUGCAAUUUACAAAAAUAUGAUUUGAGAUGGCAUCAGAAUCAGACUCAGAAUCGGAAAAUCAGAAUUAGUUGCAGCAAUUGUUUUCGCAUCGCUUUAAGUUUACGACGCCUAAUUUACUCAUUUUUUUAUUGUUUACGAGGCCAUAAAACGCGUUCUAUUUUGUUCAAAACAAUUGUUUAAUGUAAAUGGAGGAAACACAAAUUUAAUUUUAAUUUGCAUAGAAAACGCUGUGUUAUUUACUUUUACCAAACAAGCAUAAAUAAAACGCUAAUGAUAAUGCUAACGAUGAUGAUAACGAUAAUUAUUAUUAUGAUUACAAAUAAAUCGAAUAAUAGGUAAAACUCAAUCAGGCGCACAGUGCUCUUCUUUUCAAUACGAUUACCCAGUGCGCAUAAGUAGAUCCGUAAUUCUUGUCCUUAGCAUCUAAGCUACCAGCCACACUAACAAGAUAAACGAGUGGGGGGAAGUACACGUAUAAGAUACACACAUAAAGUUGCAUCAAGUCCAAAUGAACCACAUUAUAUCAUGUCUCACAUCUCACACGACAAAACUAGACGGGGAAGAACAAGGAUUCCAGCCCAUUUGAUCAUCGUUAAUGGAUCGUUCAGAUAGAGUAGUAUCCUCUAUCUAUCUAUGAAUCACAUCUAAUGCAAAUCUUAGGUACCUUUGUUAUUAAACGAUAUGCAAGAUAUACCUAAAAUCGAGAACCUAUAAAAAAAGACAAAAUACACACUCAAGCGAAACCGCAUAAAUGUUUACGACUUCAUAUACAACAAAUAUAAAUGUAUAUCAAAUAUGGUCGCGCUUUAUAAACCAAACGUAUUUAAAAUGUAUUACUAAAUCGCAAAUCUUUCAAUGGAAUGUGACUUUUUUGGGUCUCUGCCGAGUAAAACAAAUAUUAAAAACCAAGCGAAGGCUAUAUAAAUCAUAUAAUAUGAUACAAAAUUAAGAAGGGAUCCCCUUCCCCCAAUUGUACGCGUAUUUGUAAAUUAUUUGAAAUGCAAAAUAAAUGACAGCCUAGGAUGGAAAUUAUAUUUAUUUGAUAAAUUAGUAAAAGGAGAACACAAAAAACAUAGUUCUAUGUACAAUGGACAAACCGAAAACUUUUAAAUUGCUUGAAUAAAAAGAAGAAAACU